GAUAUAAAGACUCACCUCUACGAAGUAGAAGCAGGGCAGCAGACUGACGCUGUCUUUGCUCAGGAUCCCCUUCUCUUUCGCAGACAUGGUCUCAGACUCAGGCCUCACGAAAACCCGAACCAAUCUGAGCUGCGGUGCAGAGGGAAGAAGAAUAGCCGAGCUGAGCCGAGCUGAGCCGAGCCGAGCUUCGUGCUGCCUCCUCCGGGCUUCGAGCCGGGAUCAGGAGCAGCGCUCCAUGCUGCCGAGUGAGGCGGGAGGAUCCAGUCCACGCGAUCCAGACCUGCACGGACCUGCACGGACCUGCUAAUGACGGGGAUGAGGAGCCCGGACUCUGCUAGUGGCCUGAAGGGCGCAUGCGUGUUACCGACGGAACCCCCGGUGUACGCAGCGGUGAGCAUCCGGUAGUGGACAAGUGCUGAGAGCUGAGCCGCAGCUGCAGCGUCAGCGUCGGCAGCUUCACUCUCCAGAGAAGCGGCGCUGACACCUGGAGCUGUCCGAGGUCGGAGGCUCUUUCCCCGGGAAGUCGUUCAGCCUUCACUCCGAGUUUGACUCACAGUCACUGACUCAGCAGAGUCAAUGAUGCCUUCAAAGCAGCUCAGCAGCAAAGAGAGAAGGAAAGUGUGCACGUCUGUGGCAGGAGAGCUGGUGAUCAUGGCCGGGACCGUCAUGCUGGCGUACUACUUCGAGUACACGGACACGUUCAGCGUGCACGUGCAAGGAUUCUUCUGCUACGACACGGCGUUCACCAAACCUUACCUGGGACCCGAGGACAGCAGCGCCGUCCCGCCCGUGCUGCUAUACGCUGUGGUGGCCGGUCUGCCCACGCUGCUGAUUACAAUAACAGAGACCGUGCUGUUCCUGGUCCAGUACACAUCCAAAGAGUUUGACCGCUCAGAGAAGACGGUGGCUAUCGGGGACUGCUGCUACCUCAACCCACUGGUGCGCAGGACUUUCCGCUUCCUCGGAGUCUACAUUUUUGGCCUCUUUACCGUUGACAUCUUUGUCAACGCAGGUCAGGUGGUGACAGGGAACCUCGCCCCCUACUUCCUGACCGUCUGUAAGCCAAACUACACAGCACUGGGCUGCCAGCAGGCUCUGCGCUACAUCAGCCACCAGGAGGCCUGCACAGGAAACCAGGAUGACAUUCUGAGGGCCAGGAAAACCUUCCCAUCCAAGGAGGCUGCACUCAGUGUCUACGGGGCGCUCUACCUGGCUAUGUACGUCACGUGUGUGGUGCAGGCGAAGGGCACUCGUCUGGCCAAACCCGUGCUGUCUCUGGGGCUCAUGUGUCUGGCUUUCCUCACCGGUCUCAACCGCGUGGCUGAAUAUCGCAACCACUGGUCAGACGUCAUCGCCGGCUUCAUCAUCGGCUCGUCCAUCGCCACUUUCCUGGUGGUAUGUGUGGUCCAUAACUUCAAAGGGAAACUCCUGCUGAGCGAAGAAUCACCAGCGGAGCCGCGGUCCAACACAGCCAUGCUGAGCAUGGGCCGAGUGGAGAGUCCACUGGAGAAGUACAUCGCCUCACAGAAUCACAUCACCUUCGCUGAGGUCACAUGACGUGGAGUCGGCCGUGUGGCAGACCCACUGGACAUCCACGCUCUUCACUGUCCAAUCCAACUAACUGAAGUGCAGCGCUAAACCCAUUCAGUGCGUGUGUGCGUGUGUGUGUGUGUGUGUGUGUCGUUCUGUGUCGUCUUUACCACGUCCCUGUUGUCAUUUGUGGCUUCUUGUAUUUAGGAAAUCAAAAGAUGAAAAGGAGUCAGUAAGUCUCCAUCUAUGCACUUCCUCUGAACCACGGGCAGAGUCCAGCUCGCUGGGAGGCAAAGGCUGGAGAUGUUACUCACUGUGAGACACUGGAGGAGGAAAAAGAAGAAGCUUGAAGCUGAAAGUGAAGAGUCACAUCUUUUUAUUGUGAUUUUCUUUUGGUGUCUGUAAGGAUGGAUUUUUGUCAAGAUGUCAAAUGUUACAGUUUUAAGAAAGACAUGUAGUUUAUAACAUAUAUCUGUUUAUAACAUUGAUUUCCUCCUUUCAACUUGUGUAAUUGUUGUAUCAUAUCACUCUGCAGGAAAAUGAAGACUUAAAGGAAGGAUUAAGAAUUCAUUUUCUCACAAACGUGAUCACGUUACAGACGUGCUUCCACGCAGGGUCAAGUCCAGCCUGAGAUCUAAAUUCCCAUCUGGACACAUGGGCUGUUACUCAAUGCAGGGUUUGCUUCCUUUAAAGGAGAUGCUCUGCAUGGCUGAUGUGGUGCGUGGACCUUCAUUUGCAGUGUAGCCCACUUCCUCUGAAGGACGCUGCACCAAAAUCAGCAGAUUUUGUCCUAUCCUUAUUUUCUUGUCACGUAGCAGCUGAACGUGACUAAUGUUGUGUUCAUUACUGCGUUGUGUUAGGAAACAUAAUUCAUGAGUGCUCACACGCUAAUGCUGGAGCUGACCAACAAGCAACAGCUUAAAUCAGGUGACACAUAUUUGAUGUUCACCUGUUGCAUUGAGGGUUCACAACCUUGGGUUCAAAUGGAGUGGCUGAAGCGAGGAUGUCAUUUUGCCUCACAUUAGUGUCUCUCAAGGGUUUUGCUGGUGUUUGUCUCCAGUGAGCGGUGAAUGGUGGGAAACACGCGGCCAUGAAGGAUCCACCUGUUGGAUUCACCUGUUGUUCCUCCAGAGUGAAACAGCAGAGUCAUGUUUGUGUCUCCCGUGCUUCCUGCAGGCCUGAAUCAUUCAUGCUCACAAACCAUCCAGCCUCUUGUGUCUUUGUCAUUUUGUUUAAGUGAGAUUCUGAAAGAGAUUGUGUGUUUGAAGUGCAACACUUUUAUCAUCUGCAAACUCCCGAAAGAAGAAAAGAACCGUUACUACUUUGAUAAAUAUGGGCUCCGAUCAAAGUAGCAAACAACUGCUUUGUGUUUGUGUUCAUGUGUGUGUGUGUGUGUGUGUACACACAGUAUAUACUCUAUGCUGUCAAGUCCAACCAAUGAAAACACUGAACUCUGAUGAUUUUACAGCAAAACUGUCAAGGAGUGUUUCUUAGCUGAAGCAGACAAUCAUGAGCUCCCACUCUCUGUUUUCUCAGACUGAAGUGCUUAUUAUCUUUAUUUAUUUUUAUUUAUUUAUUAUUUAUGAAGAACCACACAGAGACACUGGGUUAAAACUGUCUCUGCAUCUCAUAACCAAUCAGGACAUGGACGUCUUUGACCGUCAACACAGCUGCGGGUACUUUUUUAUGAUGUAGCUCAGUUGAACCUUUUUUUCUUUCACGUUCAGUAACUCUGGUUAUAUGUUUACAGAAAUGAAUGAGUCUUUCAUGGACGGAGCAUUGUUUCUUUUCAUGUACACACUGAGAAUAAUGUGAAGGACAGUAAAGCAACAUUUGGAACCAA